UUGGGAGUGGAAUUUUGGCCUACAAUUCGGAACGGGAUAGAUUGCACAAGGCGCACACACAUAUAUACACAUAUAAAGAUAAGCUGGCAGCGAUAAACGCAAAAGGACAAGCAGAUUGAUAGGCAUUCUCACAUAAAAAAAAUAACGGGCGAUAUACGCAAAAGGACGAGCACAAAGAGUGAUAGACAUUCACACAGAAAAGGAUAACGAGCGAUAGACGCAAACGAACGAACGAGUGAUAGACACUCAUAAAAAAAAAGCGUGGGGCAAGAAUACGGAGAAUUGCUGCACGAACCGGCACCGAAAGAGUAAAGGAGAAUAGCGUUAGCGGCGACAAGAAAGAAAAGCAGCGCGGAAUAGAGAAAAAUAAAUUAAAUCGAUAGCGAGUGGGUUUUUUUCAUUUUUAACGGCAGAGUGCCGCUGACGCAAUCGGAGAAAAAAAGUCAACGACGAUAGACGCGUGGAAAACCUGGAAUCAGGAAUUGGAGUUAAAAUGGUUAAACUGAAUGAAUUAUAAGUGGAACAAUUGAAUGUUCUACUGGAAAAGCACAAUUUGUCGAGGUGCAAGAUGACGAAGUGGAAGUUGAAGAGGUUCCAGCCUUGCAAAAGCAAGUCGAUGGAUCCGUGAAAUGAUCGCCAAUAUGUCAGCACGGUUCAGAGGCAGAUGUGACGAGGGCUUCGCCUGCAACGGCAGGUGCAUCAGAGGGAAGAUGCUACAAUCCAAGCGAAUAGGGCAGAAGUUGCAACAACACCUCGGUAUAUGGUGGGGGCCGGACCACCAACAAUGUCAACAGUAGUCAAACACACGAUGACGGACAUUAUCGGAAUGCUACUGGAUUUCGACCCACUUAAGGGCCAUAUAUCAACACAUCAAUUCUUGGACAGAGUGGAGCAGCUUCGGUCAAUUUAUGGGUGGUCGGAAGAAGUAUUGCUAUUUGCAGUUCACCACAAACUUAAAGGGGUGGCACGCCAGUGGGCUGAAUGUCAACCGGUGUUCAGGUCGUGGCAACAGUUUGUCGCUACCUUGAGGUCAGAAAGUCAACAUGGAUGAAGCAUCAAUUAACUCGUUAUUGGGGUUUAAAUGAUGCCAGCUUAUCUCGAACAUUGUUGGCGAUGAAUUUGCUCUCGUGCGACGAGUUGUUAAGGUCGAUCGAAAAUUUGUCGAUAGCGAACACGUACAACAAAGUCAGUACAGUAGCCAAGGGGAACGUAAAGGAAGGUGAAGUGGAGAAGAAUCCGUACAACGAGCGCAAGGGCUUUAGGUGCUUCAACUGUAAUAAUGUUGGACAUAUUGCAGCAAAAUUUCCACAACCACAGCGCAAGGCCAAAUGUAGUAGUUGUAACAAAUAUCGGCAUGAGGCGAAGGAUUGUCGAAGUGGAAAGAAAACAGUGGGUAAGGUUACCGAGGAAACAGCAUUGGUACCUCCACCUGUGAUGCGUCAGAUAUGUAUAGAGCGGGUCGUACCCACUCAGCGUUUGUAGA